UCUAGAAAACAUUUGCAACGGGCCAAAUACUAAAUAGUGUGAUGAAGUGAUUUAGGCAGAACAAGCCAACUCAGACGACCUGAACGCGACAUUGGUAAUAAUUUAGGAAAGCUGCACCAUUCGGCUGCGACAGACACACUGACAGGAGAUGUAAAUGAGCGAAUUCGGGCCAAGCGCAUAGUUACUUCACUAAGCAUCCACGCUAGUUGCGUACACUCGAUAUUCACCGACUUUACGCACAGGGGUUUGUACGUCUUCACGCUCCUUCUGGAGGAACUUGAGCUGCUGUGAGACAAGAAAAAGAAGAUGCUGCUGCAGGUGGGAGGACGGCACUCUGCCCUGGGGCUGCUGGCCAUGAGGAGGAUGUGGAGUUUGACCCGCUGUGCCCACACUGCACCCCAAACCCUCGAGUACAAACCCAUCAAAAAGGUCAUGGUGGCCAACAGAGGUGAGAUUGCAAUCCGGGUGUUUCGGGCAUGCACAGAGCUGGGCAUUCGCACCGUGGCCGUUUACUCUGAGCAGGAUACGGGACAGAUGCACAGACAGAAAGCAGACGAAGCUUAUCUCAUCGGAAAGGGGCUGCCACCUGUAGCGGCUUACCUUCAUAUACCAGACAUCAUCAAAGUGGCCAAGGCAAAUGAUGUGGAUGCCAUUCACCCCGGCUAUGGCUUUCUGUCUGAACGAGCAGAUUUUGCCCAGGCCUGUGUGGAUGCUGGGGUGCGUUUCAUUGGUCCUACACCAGAUGUGGUGCGCAAGAUGGGAGAUAAAGUUCAGGCCCGAGCUAUUGCCAUCAGUGCUGGAGUGCCGGUGGUUCCUGGGACAGACGCUCCCAUCUCCUGUUUGCAGGAAGCUCAAGAGUUCUCCAACAGCUACGGCUUCCCCAUUAUCUUCAAGGCUGCGUACGGUGGUGGGGGACGAGGAAUGCGGGUGGUCAGAGAGUAUGAGGAACUAGAAGAGAACUAUCAGCGGGCGUACUCUGAAGCCCUGGCAGCCUUUGGCAAUGGAGCUCUGUUUGUGGAGAAGUUCAUUGAGAAACCCAGACACAUCGAGGUGCAGAUCCUGGGAGAUAAAUAUGGCAAUGUCAUUCACUUGUACGAGAGGGACUGCUCCAUCCAGAGGAGACACCAGAAGGUGGUGGAGAUCGCACCGGCCACACAGCUGGAUCCGCACCUCAGAGACAGGCUCACUGCUGACUCGGUCAACCUCGCUCGACAGGUUGGUUAUGAGAACGCUGGCACAGUGGAAUUCCUGGUGGAUAAACAUGGUAAACAUUACUUCAUCGAGGUCAACUCGCGUCUGCAGGUGGAACACACUGUUACAGAGGAGAUCACAGAUGUGGAUCUGGUACACGCUCAGCUGAGAGUGUGUGAAGGUCGCAGUCUGCCCGAGCUGGGACUGAAGCAGGACAAGAUACGGAUCAAUGGAUAUGCCAUCCAGUGCCGUGUGACCACAGAGGACCCGGCACGUGGCUUCCAGCCUGACACGGGAAGACUGGAGGUCUUUCGCAGUGGAGAGGGCAUGGGUAUCAGACUGGACAGCGCGUCUGCCUUCCAGGGGGCCGUCAUCUCCCCUCAUUAUGAUUCCCUCCUGGUGAAAGUCAUCGCCAGUGGAAAGGAUCUGCCGGCGGCCUCUGCCAAAAUGAGCCGAGCGUUAGCGGAGUUCCGCGUCCGUGGGGUCAAGACAAACAUCCCCUUCCUGCAGAAUGUGCUGAGCAAUAAUCAGUUCCUGAACGGGACGGUGGAUACUCAGUUUAUCGACGAGAAUUCAGAUCUGUUCAAUCUCAAACCGGUGCAGAACCGAGCCCAGAAACUGCUCCACUACUUGGGGCAUGUUAUGGUGAACGGGCCGACUACUCCGAUACCUGUCAAGGCUAAGCCUUCCCCCAUCGAUCCGGUCAUCCCACCAGUACCCCUCGGUGAGCCACCAGUGGGUUUCAGGGAUGUGUUGUUGAGAGAGGGUCCAGAUGGUUUUGCGAAGGCGGUUCGUGCCCACCAGGGUCUGCUGCUUAUGGACACUACGUUCAGAGACGCCCACCAGUCCCUCCUGGCCACUCGCGUUCGCACUCACGACCUGAAACGCAUCGCACCGUUUGUGGCACACAGCUUCAACAACCUCUUCAGCGUGGAGAACUGGGGCGGCGCUACGUUUGAUGUGGCAAUGCGUUUCCUGUGUGAGUGUCCCUGGAAAAGGCUGCAAGAGUUGAGGGCUCUGAUGCCAAAUGUGCCUUUUCAGAUGCUUCUGAGAGGUGCCAACGCUGUUGGAUACACCAACUACCCGGAUAAUGCCGUCUUCAAGUUCUGUGAGGUGGCCAAAGAAAACGGUAUGGACAUCUUCCGUGUGUUCGACUCGCUGAACUAUCUCCCCAACAUGCUCUUGGGGAUGGAGGCAGCAGGUACAGCAGGGGGAGUGGUGGAGGCGGCCAUCUCGUACACCGGCGACGUUUCCGACCCCACGAGGCAGAAAUAUUCUCUAGACUACUAUCUCAAACUAGCAGAUGAGCUGGUCAAGGCUGGAACACACAUCCUUUGCAUCAAGGACAUGGCCGGUCUCCUGAAACCCGACUCUGGCCGUUUGCUGGUCGGUGCACUGAGGGACCGUUUUCCUCAUGUGCCGAUCCAUGUGCACACUCACGAUACUGCAGGGGCUGGAGUGGCUGCCAUGCUGGCCUGUGCAGAGGCCGGAGCAGACAUUGUGGAUGUGGCGGUGGACUCCAUGGCGGGAAUGACAUCCCAACCCAGCAUGGGUGCCGUUGUGGCAUGUACUAAAGGCACCAAACUCAAUACUGGAAUCUCUCUCGAGAAGGUCUUUGACUACAGUGAGUAUUGGGAAGUGACCCGGGGCCUUUAUGCUCCGUUUGACUGCACUGCCACCAUGAAGUCUGGGAAUGCUGAUGUCUAUGAGAACGAGAUCCCAGGUGGCCAGUACACCAAUCUCCACUUUCAAGCACACAGUAUGGGGCUGGGCAACAAGUUUAAAGAGGUGAAGAAAUCCUACACCGAAGCCAACAAGCUGCUCGGUGACCUCAUCAAAGUGACGCCCUCCUCUAAGAUUGUGGGUGAUCUGGCGCAGUUCAUGGUGCAGAACUCUCUGACUCGGGCGGAGGUGGAGGAGAGGGCGGAUGAGCUGUCAUUCCCUUUGUCUGUGGUGGAAUUUCUGCAAGGACACAUCGGCAUCCCUCAUGGAGGCUUUCCAGAGCCCUUCAGGACAAAGGUUUUGAAGUCACUUCCCCGUGUCGAAGGACGUCCUGGAGCCUCUCUGCCUGCCAUGGAUUUCCAGGCCUUGGAGAAGCAACUGAAAGAUGCUCACGGUGACGAAAUCACUCCAGAGGAUGUGAUGUCAGCAGCCAUGUAUCCCAAAGUAUUCCAGGAGUUCAAGGAUUUCACCAGAACCUUUGGGCCUGUGGAUUGUUUGGAUACCAGACUCUUCCUAGACGGACCAAAAAUUGCUGAAGAGUUUGAGGUGGAGCUGGAGCGAGGAAAGACACUUCACAUCAAGGCUCUGGCUCUGGGAGAUCUUAAUAAAGCGGGGCAGAGAGAGGUGUUCUUUGAGCUCAACGGUCAGCUGAGAUCUGUUCUGGUCAAAGACACCGUGGCCAUGAAGGAGAUGCAUUUCCACCCUAAAGCCCUGAAGGACGUUCGUGGUCAGAUCGGAGCUCCUAUGCCCGGUAAGGUGGUGGAGGUGAAAGUGAAGCAAGGGCAGCAAGUGGAGAAAGGACAGCCGCUCUGCGUGCUCAGCGCCAUGAAGAUGGAAACGGUGGUCAACUCUCCCAUCUCCGGCACCGUGGCCAAGAUCUACGUGACCGCCGACAGCACACUUGAAGGAGAUGAUCUUAUUCUGGAGAUCACCGAGUAGAUAUCACGAAAGCCAACAGCAGGGAACAUAACACAUCACCACUGCCAAUCCCUGCACGGCUAAACACACAUACACGCACACAUGGAGGCUGACAGUAGAAGCUGUAGCACUAGUACAAGCACAGAUUACAAAUUACAGAUAUUUUUACAGGAUCUCAAAGAACAACACAUCACAAAUCUGCAAAUGUCAAGCGUGAAUUCUUUGGCAUUAGUGUCAUGU